GCAUACCUUUAAACUUCGACAUCUUCAAACACACUAAAAUGGCCAACUCCGUUAAAAAUGGUUGCCGUCAUCCUCACUACUUGAUUGUAACUUUCCCGGCGCAAGGCCACAUAAACCCAGCGCUAAAGCUAGCAAACCGCCUCAUCCACCACGGAGCAACCAUCACAUACUCCACCACCAUCUCAGCUCUCCGCCGUAUGGGCGAGCCACCUUCCACCCAAGGCUUGUCCUACGCCUGGUUCUCGGACGGAUUCGACGAAGGUCCCAAGUCCUUGGAGGACCAGAAAAACUACAUGUCCGAGUUCAAACGCCGCGGCUCGGACGCCCUGAGCGACAUCAUCAGAUCCAACCUCGACGCCACGGAGCCAACAUUCACGGGCGUUAUCUACUCGGUGCUAGUCCCUUGGGCUUCUACAGUAGCGCGUGAGUUUCACCUGCCGAGUACGCUUCUCUGGAUCGAGCCAGCCACUGUACUCGACAUCUACUACUACUACUUCAACGCCUCUCACAACCACCUCUUCGAACAAGAACCGAUCGAACUACCGAAACUGCCCCCGCUCUCCACCGGAGACCUCCCGUCGUUUCUCCAGCCGUCGAACGUGUUACCUUCCGCUCUCGUAACGCUGAGAGAACACAUCGAGGCUCUGGACUCCUCGGAGUCCAACCCGAGAGUCUUGGUAAACACGUUCUCCGAACUUGAACCGGAAGCGUUAACCUCGGUCGAGAAACUCAGAAUGAUUCCGGUCGGACCGUUGGUUUCCUCCUCAGAUAACAAAGCCGAUCUCUUUCGAUCGUCGGACGAGGAUUACAUCAAGUGGCUAGACUCGAAGGCGGAGAAGUCGGUGAUCUACGUGUCCCUAGGCUCGCACGGGGACGGUCUGUGGGAGAAACACAUGGAGGCGCUCACUAGCGGAGUGUUGGGAACGGGAAGACCGUUCUUGUGGGUGGUGAAAGAGACAAAACAUGAAGAGAAGAAGAGCUGUUUCGUGGAUUUGAUCAGAGGAGAUGAUGAUAAAGGUUUUAUUAGAACAAUAAAUAGUUUGGUGGUGGGAUGGUGUUCUCAGACGGCGGUUUUGGCGCAUCCCUCGGUGGGGUGUUUUGUGACUCAUUGCGGUUGGAACUCGACGUUGGAGAGCUUGGAGAGCGGUGUUCCGGUGGUGGCGUUUCCUCAGUUCGCGGAUCAGUGCACGACGGCGAAGCUUGUGGAGGAUGUGUGGGGGAUCGGAGUGAGAGUGAAGGGAGAUGAGGAAGGUCUCGUGGGUGGAGAUGAGAUGAGACGGUGUCUUGAGAAGGUGAUGGGUGGCGGAGGAGACGGGGAUGAGAUGAGGAGGAAUGCGGCGAGGUGGAAGACGCUGGCCGUUGAUGCCGCGAAGGAAGGUGGACCCUCGGAUUUGAAUCUCAAGGGGUUUAUGGAAGAGUGAUUGGCUUCUUUUAAAUUAUAUAAGGUUAAGAAAGAGUUUAAGAACUAUUUGAAGGAUCAAAUGGUAGAAUAAGACCAAACUAGACUUUGAUCCGCGCUUUGGAAGCGCGAAAUAUUUUACGAUGAAAAAUUUCACUAAUAACUUAACAAAUAUUUUGGUAA